AUGUGUCAAGUAUACAGCAAUGUCGUAUCGCAUUAUUUCCUGUGUAAUUGUAGCAAAAUCAUGGAAGAAACAUAGUUCUGUAAUGGAUUUAUUUAUUUCGGAGUUAACAAAUAUGAAGUAGAUCGGAUUUUAUAAUAAAAUGACUGGGAAAAUGGACGGAUCCAUGAAAUGAAGACGAGCUGUCAAACAGUGAACCAGUGACAGAACUUGAUUACUUUCUCUGGCGGGGGCUGAAAGACUUGAUCGCUCUGAAAGAUGUCUGCGACCAGACGACCGUCCCUUCCCCCAAUGCCUGACCUCUCUCAUCUGAAGGAAGAGGAAAGGAAGAUCAUUGAAGACGUUUUAAAGCGCCAACGUGAGGAGGAAGAGAGAGAACAGGAUAUGAUUCGACAAAUGCAAAUGGAAUUUGACACAUACAGACAGACAGUUGAGAAGGUUGGAGAGGAGGCAAAACGUUCAGACAAUGCAGACACUGGUGCUGUAUGCGAUAUCUGUCGUAAAACCAAGUUUGCAGAUGGAGUCGGACAUAAAUGCACAUACUGUAACCUGAAAUCUUGUGCCAGAUGUGGAGGCAGAGUAACUGUCAAAAAUAAGCCUCCUGGUUCCAAAAUAACAGUAGAUACAUCUCCUUCGAUUACGACAUGGGCUUGUAACUUGUGCAAGAAAAAACAAGAAAUCCUGGCUAAGACAGGACAAUGGUAUCAUGGCGGAAUGGCUAGACCCGUUGGUUUAGAUGUUGUAGAUGCUGCAGGAGGAAGUGGAGGGGAUUCUGGAAAAUCUGAAUCCAGUCAACAGAAUGAUAAACGCCAAAAAUAUAUUGACAAGAAUGAAAGUGGACAUACUAGUUCAGAAAAAGAGAAUAUAGAGAAAUCUGAAAAAGGCGAGAGAGAAAUUAAAGGGCCAAUGACUCGUCAGAGCUCACAGCUGAAGAGACAAUACUCACUAGAUGCUCAAAGGGGUAAAGUAGGGGAAAAUGGGACCUCAGGAAAAGAUUCUGGGGAUCGAUCAGGGGGACAUGAUAGGUUACGUGAGAGAGGAAAUAACGUUCCCUCAGAAAGAGGUCGCGCUAGGGAUAAAUCUCCUGCUCGACAUAGAUACCAUAGUGAAACCAGACUAUCUGAAACUGAUAAAAGAUAUUUUGCUCAUGAACGGGGUGGGGAUAUAGAUAGACAUGGUGGGAGGGGUCAGCGUGAAGCUUUAGGUAACAGGGUAGGGGAUAAUAGGGACAAUCGAGAAAGGGAAAGGGAAAUGCGUGAAAAAGGGCGCCAUUCUGAUGAUAGAGAUCCAAGAAGAAUGCAAAAAGAGGGGCCAGAUAGACUCUACCCAGAGAGAGAAAUUAUCAAAAAGGAAUCUGCAUCAAGAUCAAGAUCUAUGAGAGACUCUCCUAGUCCUAGACAUUCAGUAGAUGAGAAAUCAUCUGCCGGUGAUGAACGAGAACGACGGAAAGAACCUCCGGAUCAUUAUAGACAAUCGCCCAUAGAUAACUUUAAUAAUAGGUCACAUGAUAGACCACAUGACUAUGCAGAUAAUAAACGUGAACGUAGAGGCUCACGUGAACGUGUAAUUGACGAUCAUAAAAUAGGAAAAAGUCACAUGUCUGAUCGUGGUGGUCAUGAUCAAAUUCAUCAAUCCCAAAAUAAAUUACAUAAAGGUUCUCUAGAAAAUGUAUCACGAACUGGUUCACGAAGAGACCGACGCUCACCAACAAUGCAAGAACGGCAAUAUAAAUCUCCACCUCAACAUAGGCAUUUAAUUCAUAUAGAACAAGCCAGUGACACUCAAGUAAGUGCAGCAGAAGAGAUAGCGGAACUAGAACGAAAUGCAGAUUCAAGUAAACAGCAUUUAGACCCUAAUUCUGCUGUAGCAAAAACAUCACGUAGUAAUCGUCGGAAAUUGGAAAGUAUAAUGCGGAAUGAUUCACUUAGUUCUGACCCCUCUGACUGUGUUCGACCUCCUCCUCCAAAACCUCAUAAGCACAAACGUGGGAAAAAGCAACGGCAGCAUUCUGUGUCAAGUUCCGACGACGAGAUACGGUCCACCCCAGAAUGUUCAAGUUGUGAGGAAUUAGAUUUAGAAAGUGAAAGUGUCAGUGAAAAAGGAGGAGAAUAUUUAUACGACCGUCCAGUCACGGACGAUCGCUGGAAAAAAGAUGAAAUUUUAGAAGCAAAAAUCAAAAAGUUUUUGUCGCAUCCAGUGAUAUGGCAACCCUCAGCGGAUGGUCAACACUGGAUUGGUCACAUGAUAUUGAAGAAAGCAGUAUUAGAUGGUUCUGGUAAACCAAGUGAUUCUAGUGUGUUAGGUUUAAAGAUCGUUGGAGGUCGUAUGACGGAUGCUGGAAGUUAUGCAGCAUACAUCACCAAAGUGAAAAAAGGUUCUAUAGCUGAUACAGUAGGCCAUUUAAGAGCAGGUGAUGAAGUGAUAGAAUGGAAUGGUCGUUCAUUACAAGGUGCAACAUUUGAGGAAGUCUGUGACAUUGUUCUAGAAUCAAAACAAGAACCCCAGGUCGAACUUAUCGUCCAUAGAAGUAAAAGUACUGGAGAAGUUCCACCCGGUGCCAACAGUCAGUAUGAUGCUCAUAAAGAUUUUGGUCAUAUAAAGGAUGUUGUUGGGACGACACGUCUCAAUCGUCCAAGUUUGAAAGUAACAUCACCAGAGUCACCUAGAACGCAGAAGACUCAAAAGAAUGCAAUGCAAAUCUCUGGCAGAAUACAGGUAAAACUGUGGUAUGAGAAGAGAAGUUUUGAGCUCAUUAUUACAAUCAUCAGUGCUAUAGACCUUCCUAUGACCAAUGAUGGGAAGUUUAGAAACCCUUACUGCAAAAUCUACCUGCUUCCAGAUAGGAGUGAGAAGAGUAAGAGGAGAACACGAACGGUGCAGAACACAAACGAACCAACCUGGAAUCAAACUUUCAUGUACCAGAAUGUGAAACCAGAAGACUUUGUAGAAAGAAUGAUAGAGAUCACUGUGUGGGACUUUGAUAGAAUAGGUGCAAGUGAAUUCCUUGGCGAGGUAUUAAUAGAUCUAACUUCAGCAUGUCUCACAGAUGAACCAUACUGGUAUCAGCUAAGUAACCAUGACAACACUAGUUUACCACUUCCUAGUUCUUCUCCUAGAAAUAAAACAAGUAAAGACCCCUAUGAUGUUCGGCAUAGAAAACAGAUGUCACCUCCUCGAGUAGGUCGUGGUGAUAGUGAUGUGUCAGAAAUUGAUGACAGUAUAGGAGUUGUGGGUGGAUUGACAAGAGACACAAUGGAACCUGGCAGGAGAGCUAGAAUGCCAAGUGCUGCAAAUGAAAAACUUGACGUUCCAGAUAGGGGAAGAAGAUCUAAAUCUCCUGUUCCAGAGUCAAGAGAUCGACACAGAACGAGGUCAAGGUCACCAGCUCCUGAUAGAGGUCAAAGGGCAAGGUCACCUGCUCCAGAACAAGGUCAUAGAUCAAGGUCACCUGCUCCAGACAGAGGUCAUGGUCACAUGAGGUCAAGGUCACCUUCCUCACAUCACCGAGUGCCUGAUACUGUAGCUCGCUCAUUGUCACCCACAGAUCUCAGCAGCAGACAUUCCUCAACUAGCACCCCGGUACGAAUGCCGGUUAUUUCACCAACCAGUACUCCAUCACCAAAGAAACGUCAGCUUCCAGCAAUACCGGUAGAGGCGCAGAGAGCCAGUCGAGAUAGAGUGACCCAAGAAUUGGAGGAACGUGCGAGAAUGAUGAAGCAGAGAAUUAUUCGCCAGGCAGAAGGUUCCAGCAUGCCUCACUCUGAUAGUGAAGGAUAUAGACAGAGUAGAAAGAGUCAUGAAAGUAGGUCAAGGUCGCGUGAUAGAGCAUUUGAUAGAGAAUAUGACUUCAGACUGGGUCGUGAUUUCGGAGGAGGAGGUUAUCAUCAUAGAAGAAGAAGAGAGUUUGGUAUGGACGAUGAUGCUCAGAGUGAUGCCUCGGAGACGAGUGAUAUGUCUGAAGUCUCAAAAGUCAGCACUGUCAGUCUGAGGUCCACACAGUCUGAAAGACCUAGAAAAUUCAGUGAGUUUACAUCUAGAAUGGAGAGUCGUAGUACACCAAUGCCUGCCCGUCGUGCCCCGCCCCGUAGCUCCAGUAAUGAUAGUACCGGAUUUGAGAAAACAGAUGGUAGCCAAUCAGAUUCUGCCGUUUCCAGCAGUAUAACUGAAGGGCGGAGUAAACGUAGGCCCAGUUUGAGUCAUAAAAUGGCAUCUUUUGUAGGACUGAGGAGGAGAAGCAGCAGUGCCACUCAGUUAGAUGGCAGAAAAAGAAGCUCAUUCCAGAGAUGUGAGGAGGUGAUACCUGCCGGCGAAGGACCAAGUCAUAUGUAUAAACAGGGUAGUAGAGAAUCCACUGAUGGCAGUAUCAGCAGUGAUUCCGGCAGCGUGCUGUGGUUACCACCAGGUAUGAGGCUUGGUGCUGAAGGACAGUUUGGUGAUUUUGUUGAAGGCUUGGGCCCGGCUCAAUUGGUAGGGAGACAGGUGCUGGGUUCAGCAUGUCUGGGAGAGAUACAGCUUGGCCUGUAUGACAGGAAAGGUCAUUUAGAGGUUGAAGUUAUACGAGCAAGAGGUUUACUUGCAAAAGCAGGCGCUAAAUUACUUCCAGCACCCUAUGUAAAGGUGUAUUUGAUUGAGGGUAAACACUGUAUAGAAAAACAAAAGACAACUGUAGCAAGGAGAACACUAGAUCCUCUCUAUCAGCAACAGCUUAUGUUUACUGAACCAUAUUCUGGCAAAAUUCUUCAGUUGACAGUAUGGGGAGACUAUGGCAGAAUGGAUCGCAAAGUGUUUAUGGGAGUAGCUCAGAUAAUGUUAGACCAACUUGACCUAUCGAACAUUGUGAUUGGCUGGUAUAAGUUAUAUACUAGCUCUUCCCUCGUUGGCCAUCAUUCCUCGACUGGUACCCUGACGGCAAGUAGGAAAGGUUCCAGUACUUCUUUAGACAGUGGAUAUAAUAACAGCACACGGACCUAGCUAAUGUUGUGUAAAUAGUAACCAGUCUUUUCCAAUUUUUUGCUCGCAUUAACUGAUGCGUCUGCUUGAUUUUAUUGUCAAAUUUAUAUACGACGCAACAUGCGUGAAAGGGUCAGCCUUUUAAAAAUGUUAAGGAUCAUACUGUAGGGCAAUUUGAGUUCACAAGGUGCUACAGGAAUAGUUUAACCAACGUGUUAUAUCUGCAGUCAACAAAACUACAGUAAAUGUGUCUCUUUAUGUAAUUAAGUGCAAAAAAAAAAAGAUGUUUUUAUGACAGUAAAUGUUGCAGCUACAGAGACUUAUUGAAAAGGAGUGCUGCUAAAAAAUGGUUGAGCGCUGCAAAUUAAUCAAAAAAUGUGUCUUGCUGAAUUUUCAUUUUGCUUUAAAUUUAUUCUGCAGGCAACUGUAGUAUCAGUUUGUAUUAGGUCUGCAGGCAAUCAGCUGCAUUAACUCAUGUAGAUUCUGUAUUAAAUUGUACAAGUUAUGCAGGCAGCUGGGAUGUAAAAUUAGUUUACAGGCAAGAGUUUCAUAUGCAGAUAGCUGUAGUGUAAUCUUGAACAUGCUGUGAAAGUAAAUGAAGCCAUAGGUUACACAAAUUCUAAAGGCAGGUGAAGCAUAUUUGUAUAUUGUACAAGUUCUACAUGCAAUACUUGCUUCAGCUUGUACAAGGUCUGCAGGUAGUAUAAUUGUAUCAACUUAUACAAGUUCUACAGACAAUGUUUGCACCAACUUGUACAAGUUCUACAUGCAACAAUUACAUCAGCUUGUACAAGGUCUGCAGGCAAUAUCUGCAUGAAUAUGUACAAGUUCUAAAGGCAAUCUUUGCAUGAUCUACUUGUACAUGUUCUGCUUGCAACAUUUGCAUGAAUUUGUACAAAGAUGAAAGGUAGUCUAAUCUUAGGUUGUGCGUGUUCUGCUGCUGGCAACAAUUAAAUCAGAUUGUAUAGGUAGUGACAACAACACUUGUGUCAAGUGUAAAAGGUUUUUCUAACAACACUCAUGCAAGGUUGUACAAGUUGUGAUUGGAAAACACUUCUCCCAUUACUAGUUCUUAUAGUCUAACUGCUGUAAUAUUAAUAUUGAAAGUUUGUUGUCAUGUUAAAGAAUGUGUGUUUAGAAGUUUAAAAAUGUUCUUGUUAACCAAAGAGCUAUAAAAUAAAUAGAUCAGCAACUUGAAAGGUAUAUAGAGCGAAUCUCACCAGCAUCACAUGGGAACUGAAUGAGAUCUCGUUUUACCAGUGAAUGAAACAGACAGCAAAAGGCUAAAAAUUUGUGUUGUGAAAAACUUUCUAUCAGAUCGUUUGUUUAUAAUGAUAAUGGUGUUUUUUUAAUGUUAUUAGUAUUUUCUACAUGGGGAAGGAAUGAAUUUAUGAUUGGAAAUCUGAGAAAUCAACAGUUGUCAUUUGAAAAUUGGACCUGAUUCGGUUUAUUACGAGACUCAGUGAUCAAGUCGGCAAAUGCUUCAAUAAGAUAAUGUGGUGACAUUUGCUUACGUGUGAUUAUAUCCUGUUGCCAUUCUGUGUAUUUUAUACUUCUUUGUAUUAACUAAGAUAUAACAAUUUGUAUAUAUCAAAUUUUUUUUUGUUUACUGAAGUUUUUGUUAUUAAACUAAAGGUUUCGCAGUUAAUUUUCUAAGAAGAUCCUUUGGAAGCCUAGAAUGCAACCAAGCUAAGUAUUGACAGACUAUAUUCACAAGUGGUAACAUGAUGUUUGCCACCCCUCAUACCCUCAUUUGCUCAAACUUAAUGGGACAGUCAAUAUUUGUUAGAGUUAUUGGUAGUUUGAGCAAUUGAAAAAUUAUACAUAUAGGGAUUUUGCACUCUGUCAAGGUAUAAAGUGACUUUAUAUAACAGCCACAAGACAUGCAAGACUGCUUUUUGAAAAGUCAGUUUAUAUAUUUAACUAAAGAUUUUCAUGUGAAUUGAAGAUUUUCUUGUUAACCAAAGAUUUUUUUGUGAUUUUCUUAAGUGAAGGUUAGUGUACUGUUGGCUGUCUUUCCUUUAAGUUGCACAUGCGCUCUAUUUGAUAGAAGUAGGUACACAGCUUGGUUAUCCAAGUUGCUGCUUUGACAAAUAUUAUUUGUGUACUAGUUAAAAGUACAAAAAAUAGAUAAAUCAUUUAUGUUAAUAUAAUUGUGAUACAUUUCAGAAAAGUCUGUUAAUUUUGAAGUUUGUACUGUUAAGGAAAGGAAAGAUCAUGCAAACUUUAAACCUCGUUGCGUCAGAUUUCCGAUCAUGGUAGACCAAGCUUACAACAGUUUGAGGGAUAAAUGAGAGCAUAACUACUGUUUUAUGUUGAAAUAGUAGACUAAGACAAUUACAGACCAUAUGUAAAUCUCUGAGAUAUCGGUAAAAGGUAUUUUUAGGUAUAAGCCUGAAACAAAUACUCAUAGAAUACAAAUCUGUAGACAGAACCAUGUUAUAUAACUCUUGUUGAAAAUAAUGUAAUCAAAAAUAGGAGAAGUUUUAAACAACUUCUCAUGAAACAUUAGGUAGAUGUUCACCAAACUUGAUUUUGGCCUGUUGUUUACCUGAUCCAAAGGCUGAUGGUGAGCUUUAAUUAGUAUAAAUGGGUUCUUUCUCUUGGAUCUUCUCCAGAUUUAAUUGAAGCCUCCUUUAAUGCGAAUUAUAAAAAUGAACACUGUGGUUGUUUAAAGAGUUUCAAACCAUUGCAUAAGAGCUGAAAGAAGAAAAUCUCUGUUAGCAUCUUCUUAUGAAUAGUCAUGGAUUUUCACUGAACUUUGUUCCAAUCUACAUGACACUUAUAACAGAAAGUGUAAAAGUUUGCAUCCCUCUGCACAGAGCUGUACAGUCCGGUGAAUGAUUAAGGGUCAUGUUGGCCCUCCUGAUAUUGUAUAUCAGUCAAAACUAGCCAUUAUAAUAGCAGGUAAAAUAUGGCCUAACUCCAUUCUUUUACUGCUUUUCUCACUUUCCAUAUAAACAGAGCAGUUUUACGAGUAUAUAUGUAUCAGUAUGUUAAAGCAUCACCCAUAAUGUACAGCACUAACAUUAUAUUUGUAACAUGUUCCACUAUCCCUUAUAUGGUGCAAUUCUGCCCAACAUUUAACAGGUGCGGUAGGUUGUUAAAUGUGUCAUGAUGAUAACUUUCCACAUUGAGCUCUGAGGUUAUAAAACUGAGUUAGGAGACCAGUCUGAAAUCUCCAUCUUCCAGUUGGUUGUGUCUGAGCUGUGGCCAAUAGUGAUAAUUAUGCCAGUCAGAGACUGGUUGGCAAAUUUGGUUUUAUCAAGAUUCCAAGUGAUAAAACUGAAUUUGAACACCAGUCAAAAAAAUGCAAAUGAGCCAUUGGUCAAUUACACUGCAAGCUCAAAAUAAACCAAUCUGAUGCUGAAGUUUUGAGACUGGUUCCCUAACUCAGUUUUAUACCUUAAAGUUAGGGGACUGGUUCCCAAAGUUAGUUUUAUACCUUGAGUUAUGAGACUGGUUCCCUAACUUAUUUUAUUCGUUAAAGUUGGAAACUGGUUCCCUUACUUAGUUUUAUACCUUGAAGUUAUGAGACUGGUUCCCUAACUUAGUUUUAUACCUUGAAGUUAUGAGACAGGUUCCCAAAUUCAGUUUUAUAACCUUGACAGCUUGAUUGAAGGUAACCCAGCUUUGUAAUUCAAAACUUUCUAUUGCCAUUCUUUAAACUCAGAUAUCUUCAAAAAGCUAAAAGGUUUUAGCUCACCUGAGCCAAAGGCUCAUGGUGAGCUUUUGUGACCGCUCAAUGACCUACGUGCGCCAUGCGGUGUGCGUCGUGUGUCCCUCAACAUUUUUUAAAAAACUCCUCUUCUUGAAAACCACCUGACAGAAUUACACUAAACUUCACAGGAAUGAUCCUUGGGUGUUCCCCUUUCAAAAUUAUUCAAAGAAUUUAAUUCCAUGCAGAACUCUGGUUGCCAUGGCAACCGAAAGGAAAACCUUUAAAAAUCUUCUUGUCCAAAACUGCAAGGCAUAGAGCUUUGAUAUUUGGCAUGUGACAUCAUCUAAUGGUCCUCUAUAAAGAUUCUUCAAAUUGUGGCCCUGGGAGGAAAAGAGGCCCCACCCCAGGGGUCCGAAGUUUUACAUAAACUUUAAAAAUCUUCUUGUCUAAAACCACCCCUUACAGAAGAAAAAGGCCUGCUGGGUACUCUUGCUGUGUACAUACAGCGUAUAUGAUGCGUACAUGAUGUGUACUGAAAUCAAGGGCUUUAAAUAGUACACAGGAUAUACACCGCACAUACACCGAUAGUACGUUUGUAGUACACUUUUGACAUGCAAAUGAGCUCUGCCGCGUACUACUUGCUGCGUACAUGCUGUGGACUACAUAGUACACAGGAUGUACGCUGGAGGAAUUUAGUAUGCGGGAAAUAGUACGCAGCAUGUACGCGGCACAUACACUUUUCACAUGCAAAUGAGCCUGCGGUGUACUACCCCUGCGGCGUACAUGCUGUGUACUCCUGCGGCGUACAUGCUGUGUACUCCUGGCCCGAGUCCUGCGGCGUACAUGCUGUGUACUCCUGCAGUGUACAUGCUGUGUACUCCUGGCCCGAGUCCUGCGGCGUACAUGCUGUGUACUCCUGCUGCAUACAUGCUGUGUACUCUUGUGGCGAAACUGCUGUGAUAAUGUAAAUUCCUUACCCCACCAACUUUCGUAUGCAAAUGCUGAUCAUUUGAACAGAAAAAAAAACAGAAAAAAGAUAAGUGACAUGCAUUAAUAAGUAUUUACCCUUACCAAAAUAAUGUAGAUUGAUGUUAUCAAAUAAAUUAGUAUGCUUUUCUUCAUCCACUUUUCAAUGAAAUAAAUCAAUUUUUGUAGCUUGUAAUUUGGUAAACAUUUGAAGAAAAUGGCAUAACUGCAUCAAGGGGAAACAACUUUAAUGUAACUAAAUAUAAGUGUUAUGAUUUAUUAUGGACCAUGUGUGCGUAGUAUGUAUUUGUUUUGAUUAAAAUCCAUCUGAGAACAAUCUAUGACGAAUUAUAUAAGCAUUUAUACACUUUUAUUUCUGUAAAAAGUAGCACACCAAAAAAUUUUGGACUGAUUUUUUCAAAUGGGGCGAGCGCAAUUAGCCAAAAACGUUCUGAAAAUAUACGAGCGGCAAAUCCGAUGAACAACUUUGGUGAGGCCUUAAUGGGUUAACAUAAUGAGCAUUUAAGCCUUUAUUAUAAAGUUUAUAAAACGUGAUAGAAUGGUGUUUUGCUUAAGAGUAAUCAAAUAACAGUGAGAGCUAUUAAUUCUUCUCAUUCGGGCGCUGUUGAGGCAUUAUCUCGGUAAUUAUUUCAUGUAUUACAAAAUGCAGUGCAACGAAGUUCAAAUAAGGCUUUUCAAUUAUCCAAGUUAGAAAGCUCCGGGAUUAAUUCAAAAUGAAAAAGAAUAUAUUUUUACACUGCAUGCAAGGUGCAGCUCAGAAAUCACUAAGAUGUAAGCUUCACAAAUGAACAUUGCAAAUAGUUUGGCAAAUUUUCAUUGUUCAGAAUACCGGUAAUCUGAACUAUUCUAUGCUAUUAAGAUAAAAGUUACUCGGAAAUCAAGUUCUUGCUUCCAAAAAAAAAAAAAUGUACAAAUCCUUCCUGCAUGAAGUGUACUUCAGACUUUUACCUAAAAAAAUUCAAAGUAUAAACACCAAAAGAAAAUGAACAAGUCCCAGCCGCGUAUAUGAAGUUUACUUCAGACUUUAUAAAAAAAAAAUUUAAGUAUAAAUGCCAAAAGAAAUUGUACAAGUCUUUCCCGUGUAUAUGAAGUGUACUGCACAAAUUUCAAAGUAUCUGCGGUGUACAUGCAGUGUACUAUUUUCUUGUACAAGUCCCUCCUGCAUACAUGCAGUGUACUCCUUAAAUUUUCAGAGUCUGUGCUGCGUACCUGAAUUGUACUAGUGACCUCCUGCGUACAUGCUGUGUACUCGUCGAAAUAGUACGCAGCAUGCGGUGUAUGUAAAAUGUACUCCUCUGGCGUACUACUGUGUUCGCGGCAUAUACACAGCAAAUACGCAGCAUGUACGCCACAGAGGCUUGCUUCUGUAAGGGCCAAUACCUUGGCCUUUGAUAUUUGGUGUGUUGGAUUGCCUUUUGGUCCUCUACCAAAAUUGUUCAAAUUAUUAACCUGGGUUGAAAAGAGGCCCUGCCCCUGGGGUCCCAAGUUUAACAUAGACUUAUAUAGUGAAAAAGAUAAAAAUCUUCUUGUCUGAAAGUUCAAGGCCUAGGUCUUUGAUAUUUGGUAUGUAGCAUUGCCUACUGGACCUCUAACAGGAUUGUUCAAAUUAUGCAAAUUAUGAAAAGAGGCCCCGCCUUGGGGGUCACUUGUUAUAUGAGUUAUAUCGGAAAAAAUACUUCAAAAAUUAUUAGAUCAUAUUUCCUAGACUGUUUAAUUAUAUUUACCUGAUGUACCCAAGUGAUAACCUGCUGACCUACUUUCUUGUUUUUUAAGAUACAGCCUUGAAAUUUGGAUGACAUGUACAGUUUUGCAUACCGAUCUUAAAACUGACUUUCAGUGACCAUGAGUGUGACCUACUUUCUAAUAUUUUAGCAUCAGUUUGCCAUUUGAAACAUGUGACUCGUAUUACUCAGGUGAGCAAUUCAGGGUCAUCAUGACCCUCUUGUCUAUAUUCAGAAUUUGAAUUGGUUCAUGUCACAGACAGAGAUCAGUAUUUGUGGUAUAUGGUCAUCUUACUAAACAUACUGGUCUGUUUAUUUAAAUUAUUGCUUUUUUAAGAAUAUUAAUUUUUUCCAAGAUUUGGAGAGUAAGUGUAACCAGAUAUAGCACAAAAAAUCUGAUCCUCAGUAAAUGUUUGAUUUGACUGUAGUUAGAUGUGUUUUGUUAUGUACAUUACAAGCAAAACGACCUGUUUGAGUCAGAUAUUUUCAAAAGGCUAAAUUUUUGAGGAUUAAUUCAUGAGUAAGAAUAUUUGCUAUGUAUGGCCAACUUGUUAAACAUUUAGAACAAUAGCACUUUUGCAAAUAUUUAUGUUUGCCAGUAUGGACCUUUAGCAAUUUUAGAGGAAAUAUAUCCUUUGCAAAAUUUCUUUUUAUACUGUAUAUGUAACAUAUGAUAUCAAUGCUGAUGACUUACAAAAUGCUAAAUAAAAGUGAUGCAAAAUUACAGUAGGUAAACAUAAGUAAAUAUAUUCACUUACCUAGAAACACAUAUUUGAGCCACGCCAUGAGAAAACCAACAUAGUGGCUUUGCGACCAGCAUGGAUCCAGACUAGCCUGCAUAUAUGUGCAGUCUGGUCAGGAUCCAUGCUGUUCGCUAACAGUUUCUCUAAUUGCAUUAGGCUUUGAAAGCAAAAAAGCAUGGAUCCUGACCAGACUGCGAGGAUGCGCAGGCUUGUCUGGAUCCAUGCUGGUUGCAAAGCCACUAGGUUGGUUUUCUCAUGGCGCUGCUCAUUUAAUAUUUCAUGUACAGAUACUGUGAUGUUUUGUUUUUUUUGGGUAAUUAUUGACUACUGUGUUUGAUUGGGAAAAAAUAGCAGAGAUUUUAAAGGGUAAAAUGUGCCUAUAAGUGCAUUUUUUGUAUUAAUGGAAUCUGUUAUCUUCAGAACUGACAUACAAAGAGAAAACGCAUAGUCAGUUGAAGUUUGUGUGACUCUGUGAAUCAUUAUUUGUUUGCAGCAUGAUUAUGAAAUUUCUGUAAAUGCAAGGCCAAAGCAAAGUGGCCUAUUUUUGAACAGAAUUGUAAUUUGUAAGUGUGUGACUUGCUGUCAGUGGCCAACUUAUUUGACUUUAUAUUUCAGUAUAAGGUCAUCGCUUAAUGUAUAAGGUUUGAAUAAGAAAUGACUGAACAAGCACCUGAUUUUAAGUUUAUCAAUUAAUCAAUGCCUUUGCGUGGUAUAUUGUCCGAUUUACCAGGGGUCAGAGUUCAGAUGUGCAAGAAUUUGAACAACGGCAUUAGCCAGAGUUGUUUAGAUAUCCAAGCAUCUGAAUGAUGAACUGUGGUAAAUCUGAUGAUAAAGCACAAGAAGGCAUUGAUUAUUUUCAUUUUAACAUGCUCGUUGAAAUAUUAUGAGAAAAAUUAUGCUGGACUUAACUUAUCUGAGCAGUAAUGAAUCAUAUAUCAUGUGGCAAUUUGUUCUUUUAUCUGUCAACCAUUGUUUAUCACAGAUUUUAUCACAGUUGUGUUCUUUCUUUGUGUAAGUAAACAACAGAUCUGGUGUGUUAGGGUGUUUGUUUAAUCAUGUGUUAUCACAGUAAAAUGGAUUCAUGUUACAGAACAUGGAUUUGUUGACAAACGACUUUAAAAUUUGUAAUAGUCGUAGUUUAGUCAUAUGUUUCCACAGUGUCUUUCAAAAUACAACAUGAAAGACCUAGAUAUCUAGUGUCCUUAAUUUAGUUUUAUCGUUUUUCAGUCCAGAAUGAUAUCUGUUUUUUAUAUCGAAAAGUUUGUAUUUCAAGAAUAAUAAAAAAAAAGCAGAAUUUCGAGAUAAAAUUUAACCUGGGCACAUUCUGGUUUAUGUUCUAACUCUAAAAUUAGCCCAUAGCCAGCUGGCGGUAUGUGAUUCUGCCUUUGCGACGAGUGCAGACCAAGAUCAUCUUGCAGGCUGAUCAUGGUCUGCACUGUUCGCCAUUCAAAUUGGAAGAUGGACAGGUUCAUUAAUUAUGGAAAUUUAGCAGGGUAAGGGUUAAGACGUACAUCUGAAAAACUUCAGAUUGACGUAACUUUCUUUAUUAUGUAUCUGUUCUACUGAAACUUUGUAUAUCUUUAAGCUGAAGUAUAUGCUAUACGCCUGCUAAGUUUCAUUUAAAUCUGUUUAAGAUAAACAAGCAUAGGGCAGGAAGUAAUUUAGCAUUUCAUAGUCUUAACAUCGAUGAAUAUGGAUGUUAAUUUUGACAGUUGUGCAAAAAAAAAAAAACAAUGAGAUGACUAAAAAUGCCUUGGUUUUGUGACAAAAUCUGUAUGCAUCAUUCUUCCUAUACCCGCCUUACCAGUAUACAAAUAAGGGUGUUCAAAAAACAACUUUUAUUGUUAGUAAAAUAUGUAGAAUGCACUGUUAUUUUCUGUUAAUUUAGAUUAUAUAUUGUGUGUGCAAUAAAAAGCAAAAUGUUUAUAUGUUUGAUUUUAUAGUGUGUUUAAUUAUUUAAUUAACUGUUACACGUUUUUGUUAAGUUUUUGUAUCAGGCAUAACAUAGUUGUAGGUAUUUUAUGUCUUUCAGAUUUUGAGAUAAAUGAACAUUGUUGAGUGUUGUAUAUCUUGAAUGGGUCAGCUGCAUGUACAUAAUACAUUGUCAGCUAUUCCCAGCUGUUAAUUGUGAGUUUAAAUGUAGUUCUUUAGGCUCCAAGGUUGUAAUUCUGUAUUUGGUGACCAGUCCAAGAAUGCAGCCUUGUCAUUGGUCAAUUUUAAAUUCAUUCAUAGAUGCAGCCAAUCAUACGCUUACGUUUUUAGACUGGUCUCCUAACACAAUUUUAAAGCCUUUGCCUAUACUAGGUGUCCGUGUAAAUGUAACCACAACAAUUAAAUAUUUUAUUUAUUACUAUGUUGGACAAUAUGAUAUAGAAAUCAUGAUUCUGUAUUGGCCAGUAGGUAUAGCUUUGCAGAUAGACUUCUAUAAUACUCCCUUUUUUGCCUGAAUUAAUAUAAGUAGAUUUGAUUAAACAGUUGUAUUCAUUGUGAGACACCAGCGACUGAUCCAUUUUUGUUUCUCAUAUUUCAUAGCAUGCAGUUAAACAUAAAUAACCCUUACCAAGCUGGACACGAUUGGUUCUGCCUUUGCGACCAGUGUAAAUCAUGAUCUGCACUGUUCACUAUUCAGUCAGUAUCUUUUUGGUAAGCAUCCCUUUUAACACUUAAUGGUAUGGUCCAAAUUGGGAGAUGGACGAGUUCAUUAUAGAAAUUUUGCAGGGUAAGGGUUAAGUCAGUUGUGGGUAUCUGUGGAUGACUUUUGUUGGAAUUAUCUUCAGUUCAAUCCAUAACUACCAGCUGAAUACAAAACGUAAUUUGGUUCCAUUUAAGUCAUAAAAUACUAAUACAUUUUGUAUUUUAAUUCCUUUAUUAUCAAUACAUUACUAAUACAUAGUGUAAUUUCUGUUCCAUUACAGUUGUAAUGUAUACUGUGUUUUGGUUCUGUUACAGCUUUUAAUUACGUAAUUCCAUUAAAGCUAAAUUAUACUUUGGUUUUAUUACAAUAGUAGUAACCUGGUGUAUUUUGGCCCCAUUACAGCUAUAAAUCAUAGUCUAUUUCUAUUCAAUUACAGCUGCAAUUACAUAGAGUAAUUUGACUCAAUUGCAUCCAUAAAUUACUAAUACAAUUUCCCCCCCC